CAACGAAACAUGGACGGUUAUCAAUAGUCCAAGCUCCUAAAUAAUUUCGACCAAAUACUUUUAUUCAAAAAUGCCCUUAUAAAUAUAUCAUAAAUAAAUUUAGUAGUUUUUACCGUCAACGAAAGAUCUUAGUAAAAAAUAAACUAGUGCCUUGUGCUCGUCUACAAAGAUAAAAUCAUUUUAUCCAAUAUUGUAUUACUAAAAAAAAAAAAGAAUAAUAAUAAAAGACAGAAAAUAAUACAAAAAUUUUAGCAUUAUCAAAGGAAAAUGGGUUCGAUAGUGCUCAAAUCCUUAUCCGUGCUCUUGGGAAUAUUUUUUGUAUUCGUUGGAACGAUGAAACUAACGUCACACAUAAGCAAAGAUCUUCACAAAGACCUGAGAAAGGAGUACGUCAAGUAUGCCAAGGUUUUUCCCUUAUCGGGUACUCUGGACUUCAAAGUACCGAGCAAAUGGUACCGAAGGGUAGUUGGUUCCCUAGAAAUCGCGUGCGGCUUAGCUAUGGCAUUAAUUCCCAGUCAUAAAGUGAAAAACGCCUCGAAUCUUGUCUUGUUACUGCUCAUGUUAAUGGCAGUUUAUUCGCAUUACAUGGUCAACGAUAAAUUCGAAAGAAUUGCACCAGCAUUGGUUUUUUUCUUCAUGCUCACCGGUCGCCUGGUCAUCGACUGGCAAUUGAGACGCCUAGACGGACAGCCGGUUACCGCAAAUGGUAUUGACGACAAAUCUAAAAAGCAAGACUGAAAUAUAAAUCGCGAAAAAUAUACGCACAAAUUUUUCCGUACCCCAUCACAAUCAGUAGCUCGAAUAUUAAACACUGCAACUUACAGCAGCUGUUAACACGCCAUCAGCCAUCCGAUAAUCUUAUUCCUUUGAUAGGAGAUAUGUUCUUCUCUAGUCGAUAUAAAGAAAUUCAUCACAAAUUUUGGAUUUUUUUAAUUUAGAAAACAUCCAUAUAUACCACACAUAUUUCAUUACUUAUAAAGUAUGUACAAAGGAAUUAAAAUACACGUCAUCAUUUAUUCUAAAUAUAUGUAAAAAACAGAACAACAACUCGUCAUCAGAUUACACUCAUGAUCAUCUAUUUUACAGACUUUUGCUAAUCGAAUAUCAUUUCUCAUUUUUAACGCUUUCAAUUCGCGCUGCAACAAAUUUUAAUGUUGUAAAAACGUACGUUGUAGCAUCUUUAAACGCGAUUUAAUGAACUCAUGGUCAUUGGUUUUGUUUAUUUUUACUGGUCACAGUUAUUCGCUUACGUCGAUAUUGAACAAGAACAGUCGUUACAAUUAACGAUGCCGAUUCGAAUUAAUUUAAUCCAUUAUUCGCAUAGACAUGCCACUUACAUUAAUGUGCAAGCCGCAAAAGACGUUCGUUUAUCGAAUUAUAUUAAAAUAAUUUUUGAAUGAUUGUACGUGUAUAGCUACUUCAACGUGCAAUGUUUUUUUAAGUUGUGACAAUUCAAAAUUCUAACCCACCGAGUUUAAUUAGCGAAAGUAUUGGUGCAAUCAAUCGAAUGCAAAGUACUAACUGCCGUUGAGAUAAGAAAUAAUAAUAAUAAUAAAUAAAAGUGUUCUCCUGAAUAUCAUAAUAAUACGAAUACUUGUAGUGAAUAAUAUCAUAUAUUGAAAUUUGAUAAAAAACAAAUGCACAAUUGCAUCUUUACGAUUGGAUCUCUCGUUAUUAUAAUUGCGUUGUGUAUGAAAACGUACGUAUAUUCAAGGUGGAAAAAAACGGAACUGAAUAUACGCAUACGAAAAGUAAGUUCUCACAACUUGAUAGGAAUGUUAAUUUCUCGAUUUAGACGUGAUUUAGCUAAUGAUAACGCAUAUAAUUACGUGUAAAUACAUUGGAAAAAUAACCACACAGGAAUCUAGAAUGUAACCGGCGGAAUAUUAAUUUAAUUGACGAAGGAUGAAAAAUCAAACGACCUAAUGUUUCGUGAUCGUAGUUAAAACUACUACGAAAUGCUAAAAUGCCUUUAUAAAUAAUCACUAAAUUAGUAAACUCUUAUAUUUGAUUCGUGUGUAGCAUUCAAAUCAGCGUAAUCAGAGUUUACAUGAUUUCAAGUUAGGAAAAUUAAAACGAAGCUCAUUCCGUUUGACUUAAAAAUAAUAUUCUGUAGCUCUGGUGAUCUACUGUUUCGGUUCAGGUUUUAAUGUCAUACGCUAUUGUAGUAUAAAACUUAUACAUACGAAGUCCAAUGUGAUACACAUAUGCCUCUGAGUUACCCACCAUAACACGACUGUAGUCCAAAAUAAGUAUAUCAACAAUUAAGCUACAUAAAAUUAAUGAGAAAUCACACGUUAUAUUAUAAUACAUUUAUAUAUAAACACGAAAAAAUGUAAAAAGUACACAUAUGUCUCAUUUGAUGUCGAAUAAUAUCCUUUAAAUAUAAAGUGCUGUGAAAUUAAGAAAAA